AAGCAAUGCUGCUGCUGCCGCUGCCGCUGCGCCCGCGAAUCUCUUGCCUUUCCCGCUGCUCUCGCUCUCGAGAGCUCAAAACCUUGUCCCAUCUCGCAAGAUCAGCGCAGGCACAGCUUUCCCCCUUCCUUGGCUGGCCCUGGCCUUUCCUGCCUGCUCCUCGGGCGCAGCGACCGCCUGCCGCUCACACUGCUAGGUGCUCGAGUGGAGUUCUGCCUGCGUCCUCUGUCCUCUCUCUCCUCCUCCUCCUCUUUUCUUGAUGCAGUUGUCCGUUCGUCCAACCAACCCACGUAUCCCACCUAUAUAUGCCUCCUGCCAGUAGCCACCCUCGUGUCUGUGUGUGAGCGGCUGAGAUCCCCGUUUCAUCAGAGUCGUAGCUGUGCCUAGGCUGCUGCUGCUGCUGCUGCGACUUGACUGUUCGAGCACAGCUGCGUCUGCGUCCACCAGCGUAUAGAUAGGAGCAAAGCUGCGUCUACGUAGGAGACAGGAAGAGGGUGGGCUGUAUCCUGUGUGUGUGAGAGAGGCAGAGAACAGAGAGCAGAGAGCCGUGAGGAUCGCAAUCGGAGAUGGCUCGGAAUGGCGGCUUCGGCGAUGACGACGAGGGGAGCGGCCUCGAGCUCAGCCUGGGCCUCCCGGGCUACUUCUCCGCAUCGCCAACCCAAGCUGCAGGAGGUUUCGAGGAGAAAGCGAACAGCGGCUCUGCUUCUGCUGCUGCGCGAGCGAAGGGCGGCAGCAAUGGCUUCAAAGCCAGGCAGGCGGCGGCAGCUGCUCCGGUGGUGGGAUGGCCGCCGGUGCGCGCAUUCCGUCGCAACCUCGCUUCGACGUCGUUGUCCUCCAAGCCGUCCCGCGAGCCACCAUCAUGCCAGCAGAGAGGCAACAACGAGCCCGCAAGCAACAAGCCACGGAUGGCCGCCGUGGAGGCCGGCAACAAGGGCCUGUUCGUCAAGGUCAACAUGGACGGCGUCCCCAUCGGCCGGAAGCUCGACCUCGGCGCGCACGCCGGCUACGACACGCUUUCCGCCGCCGUCGACCACCUCUUCCGCGGCCUCCUCGCCGCUCAAGCAUCAGGGUCAGGCGGCGAGCAGCAGCCGAUCGCGGGGAUCCUCAACGGCGGCGGCGGCGGCGGCCGCGAGUACACGCUGGUGUACGAGGACGACGAGGGCGACCAGAUGCUGGUCGGCGACGUGCCGUGGCCGAUGUUCAUCGCCUCCGCCAGGCGGCUGCGCGUGCUGAGGAGCUCCGAUCUGAACCCGUCGUCGCUGAGGGCAGCGAGCAGGAAGAGAGCUGCAGCUUAGUGAUGAACUGGUGUACCACCCUGGAGUCUGAACAUUUUGCGGCCCUUUUCGGAAGGCCGCCUGUGUAAAAUUGAAGACGUUCCGUCGAUUUUGGCCACCAUUACCAUCCUGUGAUCAAGUAGGGAAGCAAGAAUCUAGUAGUCGGUCGGUAGGAUCAAUCAUCAUGUAAUCCUAGUGCUGUAGGGCCUGCAGUGUCUGAACUUUUCUCAAAGUUUAACGAGGUUUCUUGGCGCUGGGUAGGACAUUGGGUACAAAUGAUCGAGCUCGCCAGGGCCCAUGGGCCAUGCCGCGGUGAUACUACUUCAUUUGUUGCUCGGCUACUUCAUCUUCCUUCGUGACCUGUGGCGGCCUACUUCUUAGUUUUUAUUUUCGUGAAAAAAAAUUUAGCUAGAUUUUUCUUCUCGAUUUUUACGAGUCGAGAUGAACCCCGUGGAACACAAUUCAAACAUACAAAAAAAAUACAGGGUCCAUGUACACAUAGAUUGAGGUGGAUAUACGUUUUUAAGAAAAGUUAUGCUAGUC